CAUACUAGCGAUGCACUGUGCACAUGUGCUACAAACAGGAGCCACAUGCGGCAUCAGAAUACUUCUGAAGGGAGGGAAAAAAGAGGGAAUCCGUGACACAGCGGUGUAUUAUUUUCUUGUGGACACCGCUUUCUUGGCGUGAAUUGUAUAGCUCACUACAAAACACCUCUCAUUCUCGUGUUCAAUUACGUUGCUGAUGAGCGAGCAGGAGUGCCAAAUCAAUCGAACUUUAUUCCGUGAACCAUAUCGUGCAGUUCGCCCUCAGAAUGCCGCGACUUCGUCUUCAUCGCGCUGGAUCGUCCAGCUUCGUCGUUGGCCCAAGACAGAAGAAUACUGCUCAGCCACAGUUCCUCCCAGAUGAGCUGGGCUGGGCUCAGAACAUGGUGUUGGAAGCCAAUGCAGAAGACGACCAAGAUGAAGUGGCUGGAGAUCAGCCAGAUCUGCUCGACGCUUGCUCUGUGUUUGACUUCCCGCAGUCGCAAUCUCAGCAUCGCCGCCGAGACAACCGUACUGACGGAGAUGCAGGCACACUCACGAAUCUGAGUAGUGGUGAAGAGGAAGCUGAGGACGACGGUUUUGAAGAAGUUUGGUGGCGUAGGCACCGACUGUCACAGAUGCGAAGUAAAUCCGAGCAGGAUGCUAUCAACCAGGAGGUGCAGCAGAACAUCACACGGAUGUUGAAAGAGCUGGGGAAGAUACGACUGGCACAUCGUCGACGGCAAACCGAGCGAGCGCAAAUGCCGCCGCCAAGUCUGGCUCAACCUGUAGUUACAAGGCCCUGCAAGGAGAGCAGACACCAGACAUCUUAUCAGCCUUCUAGCAGUACGACACGAGGCAAUGAUCUAGCAGCAGCAGCAGCGCGUAGCACCAACAACAAUACUAAUGAUGUCACCGAUAGCCCACUACCAUUUUCGCUGAGUCAGUAUCGUCAUCACGUGGAGCAGUACUCCCGUCGGCUUCCCAAGCCAGUAGCACAUCGACGUCGGAACCCAUUAAACACCAACAAUACCGAUUCUUCUGAACCGAAUUCUGCUGUUGGGAGCUCGCGAAAGGAUGCCGUACCCAGGAAGGCAAAGGCUCUCCGACAAAAACAAAAGCCUGUGUUGGAGGGUCUACCACAGGGAAUGGCACCGCCUGAGAUCAGUCAAAUCACCAGCAAACGACGCCGGCGGGCUUCGAAGAAAAACACAGUCACCUCCACAGCAGCAGAACGUCCAGCAGCCGAUCUGAACAAGGAGCUGCAGUUCUCCGAGGAAUCACUGAAUGCCUACGCCGACUCGUGCCCAGCAUCACGGCAUUCUAGCCGCGGCAAAAGCCAGCCAUCAACGCCCAGUGCACGGAUUGUGCCAUCUUUCGGAAAGCCCCAACACACCCCAGGCGGCGCACGCUUUUCAGGAGGUAACACCCCCAGAACACUUGGCAUGGUUCGGCAGAAGACUACACCAGCAGCCAGCAAAGAUCCAAGGACUUGCCGCACUGCAAACCACCCCACUAAGCAACCUACGGAGUUAGCCCCCGCUACAAAUAUGGUAACACCAGUCCUGGGUACGGCAGCAACACCAACAGCGGUGCCCCUAUUGGCCAUUGUGGAGUCGGUCGGCAUGACGACACAGGUUACAGCAGUGCCAGCGACCGUGCCUCGCGUCAUUCCCAAUCUGUUCAGCCCGAGUCCGCGCCUGACGGUGGGAAACGAGUGCGAGCUACCGUAUACGCAGACUGACGCUAGCCAAGUGUCUGACAUAUCCAACACUAACAUCUUCUGUCAAGCAGUGAUGGAUGACACGGAGGACGAAGAGUCAACGGGUGCCUCACAAGAGCCAGGUGCCAUGCAAAAACCCGCCCAUCCCAAUGGUAGUAGCAGCCCAAAUGUGGAGAACGCUGCGGCGGAUCACAGAGCUUUUCACUCGUCGAGCCAGGCGUGGAUCUCGGGCGAAGAAUCAGCGAUACUGUCACAAUCGAGCCAAUCACAAUCCUCACAGUCAUCAAAGUUCAAGAUACCCUAUCGGAGAGAAUCACUGCAGGCGGAAGAAUAAAAAAUAUUUGCAUACACCCCAUGACUGGACCCACGUCCACGUUUUAAUGGAAUCCACAAAUUCAAACUGAAGGAAUAUCUGCAGACAAUGCAGGCAGGUUAGGAGAGGUUUACUGCUCUAUUUGAGCCGUCCACCUCUCCACAGAUUAUUCUCAAAUGGCCGAGUUUGUUGCUGCUUCUGAGUUUGUGCUCCGUUGUCUGAAUAUUCAUUAAAUGCCAUUGCCAAAUCAGGUAGGGGUAUAUUGUGUCUAAUGAGCACCGUAUUAAAACUCUGAAUUCGAGGGGAUUCAGUACACAUGUUUCCAUUCAUUAGAGCAUCAUUCCACUUUAAAAGUUAGUUUCGUUAGAGCAACCAGGAUCAUAAUAGUUUUGUCGCCCAUUUUAUUAACAGCUAGAGAGUAAAGAUUCGUGUUCAAGUUUGCUCUGUGAUUUAUGCUUAACGGUAUCCUGAAUGGAUAUUGCAAGUUUUCCUGGGAGAGAAGGAUUAGCACAUGGCUAACAUUUCUCGACUUAAUGUUAGACUUUUCGUGUUAAAACUUUAAAAAGUUGUACUCCGUUUGAGAUUCAAGCCUUACAGUAUUCAUUGUAACCAUGGGGAUAUGAACUGCUUCAGGCAUAGUGGUUGUGAACGAUUGUUGUUACUUGUGUACAAAAUGGACAGUACCUAUAAACAAGGCUGUGAGACAAUGAUAUCAAACCCCAAAUUUCAGAAAUGGAAAUUCAACCAUCAUAUUUUGAGAGGCCAAGCCAGGGCAUAUAGAAGUGGAAAGGCAAAAUCUUGUUCUGAGUAAGCGGGUCCUGCAGAAAAGUGUCGAGCAAGGGAAGAAAUGAGUGAGAACUUAAUAAAAGUGCCCGUCUAGUUAAACACAGCACCACGGCAAUGACACAGGACACGUCAUUCGUUGAUCAUAAACUUUGUAUUUUGUGAAUUUUUGAAAUUCAAUUGUCAUAUUUUGUGAAGCCAAGCAACGGCCUAAUGGUGUUGUCACAAUGCGAGUGGCCGGAUCCUGCAGAAAACUAUUGAGUGAGGGAAAGAAUGAAUGAGACCUUUAAAGAAGGAUCCGAUCGGUUAAAAACAGCUCAGUUGCAAAGUUACGGGAUGCGUCAUGCGUUGGUCAUCAGCUUUGUGUUCUGUGACAUUUUGUGAAUUUCAAUUGUCAUAGUUUGUGAAUUUAAAAGAAAGUUGUGAAGCCAAGAAAAGGCACACCGGUGUUGUGAGCAACCGGAUCCGGCAGGAAACUAUUGAACAAGGGAAACAUGAGUGAAAAGUUCAUAAAAAAUGUCCGUCUUGGUUAAACGCUGCACAAUGGCAGCGUUACAGGGUGCGGCAUUCGUUGGUCAUGAGCCUCAUCUUGCCGCAGCGCCUGGCAUGG